AUGGAGGCAAACAACGAAUAUGCCUUGGCAAAGACGCUAACAUAUGCUGAUUUCCCAACAAAAUUCGUCUGGGUCUCAAAGCAGCGGAAAUGGAGAAUACGACAACAAGGUUUUGCCAUAGGCAGGCUGGUGUAUGUCUCACCUUCCGUUGAAGACACAUAUCAUUUGAGGAUUCUUCUCAAUAUAGUAAAGGGCCCUGAGAGUUUUGAUGACUUAAAAAUGGUUAAUGGUGUUAUAUACUCUUCUUUUCGAGAAGCAUGCUUUGCGCUUGGUUUGUUAGACGAUGAUAAAGAAUACAUCGAAGGAAUUAAAGAGGCUAGUUUUUGGGGAACUGGAAAGUUUCUUCGUAAGCUUUUUGCUAUAAUGCUUCUUUCGAGUAGUGUAGCAGUUCCGAUUAACGUCUGGAAUGCUACUUGGCAAAUAUUAACUGAGGAUUUCUCAUAUCAUAAAAGGCGUGAAGAGAAUGACCCAGGUUUGGUGUUGACUGAAGCCCAAUAUAAGAAUCUUGGUUUGUUAGAUAUAGAGAAGUAUAUGCGCAGAAACGGUCGUUCACUAUCCAACUAUAAAGGAGAGAUGCCAGUCCCUGAUGAUAUUGGAAAGUAUAAGAAAUCAAAUCAUCUAAUCCGGGAUGAGAAAUCAUACGAUCGUGCAAAACUUGCAAACGAUCAUGUCAAGUUGUUUUCAACAAUAACCAAAGAACAGAAGGAUAUCUACAAUGAGAUAAUGGAUGCAGUUACAAGAGGUAAAACGUACCUAUGGAGGCUUUUAGGUGCUGCUCUUCGUUCUCAAGGAAAAAUAGUUCUCAAUGUCGCAUCAAGUGCCAUUGCAGCAUUGUUAUUAGAGGGAGGAAGAACAGCGCAUUCUCGGUUUGGAAUACCCAUGGUUAUGAACGAGUAUACAUUCUGUAAUGUGAGUUCUGGAUCACACCAAGCAGAGUUGAUUGAAGCAGCCGAUCUUUUUAUAUGGGAUGAGGCUCCGAAAAUGAGCAAGCAUUGUUUUGAGACACUAGAUCAGACUAUGCGUGAUAUACUAAAGUGUGAUAAGGUAUUUGGUGGAAAGGUCAUUGUUUUGGGUGGUGACUUUCGACAAAUACUCCCUGUUAUUGUCGGAGGCAACAGCUCAGAGACUAUAUUGGCAACUGUGAAUUCAUCUCAUAUUUGGUCUGAUUGCAAAGUUCUGCAGCUAAAGACAAAUAUGAGACUGCUUCGUGGCGAUAAUGAUUUCAAUAAUCAAGAAAUUGAAGAAUUCGUCAAGUGGAUCUUGGAUAUUGGUGAUGGAAAACUAAAUAUUCAUGAUACCAUAGAAGAUGAAUUAGAAAUUCCAGCGGAUUUGCUGAUAAGCGGAGAAGGUGAUCCUGUUAAGAGAAUAGUCUCGAAGAUUUAUGGUUAA